AUGGAGGACAUGUUUUUUGAUUUCGAACAAGAUGCCGCCACAGAUUUCGCCUUCUGGGGCCAGAUGGACCCAAACUUCCAGUUCCAGACCCAGUUGGACAGUUUGCUUUUCGACUGUGGCACAGUGGCGGGACAGCUCUCCCCUUGGUCCUCGUUCGGAUGCCAGUCAGUGUUCCCCGAUGCUCAGCUGACCUUUACCGAUCUAGACUCCCAGUCCCCACCGCCGGAGGCCGGUGCUGAAGUGGACAGCUCCUUGCUGGACGAGCCUCUGGAGAGCUGCAAGCGGAGACAGCGGCGGCUCCCACCUCACCCUCACCACCCGUACAAGGUGCAGAGACAUGCGGCCAACAUUCGGGAGAGGAAGAGGAUGCUGAGCAUCAACUCGGGGUUUGAGGAGCUCCGAUGUCACGUCCCGACCUUCCCCUACGAGAAGCGCCUGUCCAAAAUCGACACCCUCCGGCUCGCCAUCGCUUACAUCGCACUUCUGAGGGAAAUCCUCGUAUCCGGUUGUGACCCAAAGUCGUAUGUGGACGAAUGCAUGAAGAAUGGCUACAAGAAUCAGACCAAUGCAAUCUGGAAUACAAGUGAUCUAACAGCGCGCCUCUCCUGGAUCAAGUGGGAUUAA